ACAUUAGUGACGCUACAGACAUUCAUCAUCAGCCAUGGUGGCCGCCACGCUCGACCGCAACAUUUGGAUCUGCGCGAGUGACGGGGAUUUGAGCGGCGUGAAGGAGUUCCUGGAUGACGGGGGCUUGGACGUUAAUUCAGCGGACGAGUUUGGAUAUACGUGCCUGCAUGCCGCAUCGUCUUAUGGGCACGUGGAACUCAUUCAGUUUUUGGUGGGGCGAGGCGGGGAUGUAGACAUGCGCGACCCAGAUGGCGACACCCCCUUACAUGUAUGUGAAGACGUAGCUGCAGCAGAGGCCUUGGUCACACACGGUGCAGAUCCACAGGCUCGCAACAACCAAGGUAAGCGGCCCCAUGAUGUAGCGCUGGAAGAGGGACAUGUGGCGGUGGCCGGCUACCUGCGUCCUUUGUGCGGAUUACCUCCCUUAAGUACAGAGCAGAUGCAAAGGGCAAUGGUGGCCGUCGAUCAAGCGAGCAAUGAUGUGGAGAAUGGCGGAGAUGUAUGUGCUGAGAAUUGUACGGCAACUUUGGCAGACUUGGAGGCAUUCAUAGCGAGUUCGGGGCGGGAGGAGGAGGGCAAGGAAGCGGACGAUAAGGAGUCCGAAGACGCGAUGGAGGAGACUAACAUGGCCGAAUAACCCGUAUCGGCAUGUAGCCUGUGUAGAUACUAAUGUGUAAUAGCGUUUGGACGAUGAUAUAUGAACACAUUUUGAACCCACACUGCCAAAAAAUGAGCGCGUCAUACGACAGCAGAAGACGACCAACAUCAUCGCAGCAUGGGCAUGAGUUGUUGGAAUAUCUUGACUUAUGUUGUCUGAUUUAAAGUUGAGAGUUGAAUCCUGCUUUGAAUCGGGGGUGCUUUGGAUAUAAUCCAUGAGACACUCGUGUACCACCACCAGCCCCAGCUGGGGAUACCUAUAAUCACAAGAGCUUUAACGGCCACUGUGCAAGGCAGCAAAUAUCCAUGUGGGGCUUUAUAAUAUCACUCUUAACUGGACUCCCGUGUUUGUAUGAGAAAUGGGUGACUGCCGCCAUCACAGUCUCCUUUGAAUUCCUUCAACAAAGAAAUAGCAAAUUUAGGAA